AUGGACCAAGGGCCGCCUGACACCAAGCGUCCUCGCCUCUCGACUGGGUCGUGGUCAGCAGGCGGCGCGCACCACGGUGUGUCGCUCCUCCAUCCCACUCCGUCUCCCACAACCGGCCCGCUACCUCAUCACCCCCCGCCGUCAACCCAGUACCAGCAACCUUCACCACACCCCUUCUCUCGCCCUGGGGAUCCUCACCCGCCGCCUCCUCCUCCACCACCACCACCACCUCCUUCCCAGAUACCCAUAAUCGAUGAUCGACGCCAUCAUGAACCCGAACGAUACCCGCCAAUGCAAGAACACCACAGACAGCCUCCUCAGUCUCCAAUACACCCGUCCUUCUCGGGCUAUCCUCCGAGGGACCCCAUGAUCAAACCCGACCCGGGAGACGACACACUACAGCUGCGCCGGCCCCAUUCGACCGGCGCCGCGCCAGAUGCCAUGACGCCGGGUACGCCGCACUCUGCCAUACCCCCUCAAUAUCCAGACGAGAAGCGGCACGUCAGCUUCGACAAUGGUCCGCAGCAGCCCAUGUACCGCCAGCCGAGCUACCCGCCGCAGACUCCCAUUGCGCAUACGCCGACAUACGACUACCCGCAAUCAUAUGGGCCGUCCCACAAUGACAUGCCGUACCCAAUCCAUAUCGCCACGGCCUCGGGAAAGCGAAAGGCGCAGAGGGCGUCGCAGGCUUGCGACAUGUGCCGGCAGCUAAAGGCUAGGUGCGACGAAUUGAAGCCGUGCAAGAGCUGCAAGGAGAAGAAGGUUGAGUGCAAGUAUCGGGAGGCGGUGCCAAAGCAGCAAGACAAGAUUGCGGCCGAUAUCUUGGAUAAUCUGAUGUUUUUGAGAAACGAGUUCAGCGCAUUCAACCACCGCAUAACGAAGCUCGAGCAUGCGUUGAAGCGGGUAGCACCUUCGAUUGACAUCCAGACAGACGCGAUACAGGACGACCAUGAUCGCCCAGGCUCCGCGGACUCGGCAACUCACAUGGAAGACAAUUACUCUUCGUCGCCCGACGAAACACUGACGGGAACACAAGCACCGACAGGCACCUUGGAGGCGCCCCUUAUCAACACGUUUGAGGCGCGUAAUAUCACGCGUGAUAUGGAAGAUGAGGCGGAAGCGGAACCUGGCCCGCAUGUACGACCGGGGGUCCCUUCCAUCCCACUCAACCAUACCACCUUGGCUGCUCUCUUGUUGAAGUGGCGGUCGAUCGAAAGCCUGGUGAAGCAUUUUCUUGACGCCGAGAAGGUCACGUUUGUAGACGAAUUUCCCGUCCGCCAGGAGGAGAGGCGGGGCCUUCUUCGACUCUGGGGCCGUGGCGAGGGUCUCGACAGCGGUCGAGUAGACAGCAGUCGAGUAGACAGGGAGUCGAUCCACGAUGUCGGCCCAAUGGAGGUACACGACGACUAUUCUUCGGAUGCUGGCGCUCCCUCGCCGGCCGACUGUUGGGGCGGUAUUAGCGGCUCACCUAGCCCGGGCGAUGGCAAAGCCGCAAAUAUCGCGCUGCAAACUCUCGACUUUACCGAGUCAAGUGUGUGGAAAUACGUGAGAAGCUACCAGGACAACAUCCAGAACAUGCACCCGCUCAUAAUCCCGGUUGAGCUGCAUGCUAUUGUAAAGCUUUUUCUAGACGGCAUCCAGCAGAGUAUCAGGAACCAGAACAAAAGGGCCGAUAUCGCAAAGUUUGUCAUGUCAACGCCGAUGGUUGCGCCUCAGGUCGAGAGCGGAGGCAAGAGGAAGCGAUCUCCAGUCCCAGACGCCGACCCACCAUCCUAUACUGGGCAAAGGUCAGGCAAGCCAACAUUCCAGAGGUCGAUCAAUAACGCCAUUGUCCUUCUGGUACUGGCUCUGGGGAAAAUAUGCCUGGUGAAAGAAAGGAAAAUUCCCGAUAUUGUACCAGUCAGCGAGCCUUUGCACGGGUCGCCAGUGGUACGGAACGGGCAUCCGGCAUCUCCAAUCCAAGGGUCUCCGCCAUCUUAUGGAUCCCACUCGCACUCUUCUGGUCUGCCAUCUCCGAAAGACGGCAAUGAGCGAAUUGUUCCCAGCAGGCGGUCAUCCUUCCAAGGGGGUGCCCCGCCUCCUGCUAAGCUUGGACUGAAGAGGAAUAUGGAUGUGAUCCCUGGGCUGGACUACUUCGCGUACGCUACCGACAUCCUCGGAGGUCAGCUGGCUGGGACGAGUAUACGCCAUAUUCACGCGUAUAUACUGGCCGGCCUCUAUCAUGGCCAAUUGGGGAGAGUGAUGGAGAGUUAUGCUUACAUAAAAGAAGCCGGCUGGGCUUUGCAGAUCAAGAUGAGACCGAGCUUGGACCGGCUCAAAAAGCUGCAAGAAAUUAGCCCCUUCUCCCUAAAGGCUGUCACGGAAAAGUCGGACAAUCAGCUGGUUUUUGCUUUCUGGACAUGCCUACAGCUCGAAAGCGAUAUCAUUGCCGAGCUCCCACUCCCGCAAUCGCAUAUCUUGGCGUUUGAAGAAAUUAUGCCGUAUCCAAACAUUGAUCUCUGGGAGGAGCAUGGCUUUGACACCGUCGUUCUCCAGAGUUAUCUUGCGCAGUUGUAUCUGCGCAAAUCCUUGAACCAAAUCCAUUCAAUGCUUUACAAUCCCGAGCCAACGAAGGAUGUAAAUAACGGGACGCCGGCAGGUAACGUUAUCGAGUACAUCGCAAACGUCCUUGACCUCCGGUUUACGCCACCGGAAUUCAAGUUCGAGACCAACGAUCCUCCAGCCCAAGACAUCCUGUCUGCUAGGUUACGAGCUAAGUAUUGGGGUGCUCAGGUUAUUACGUACCGGCCAUUUGUUCGGCAGAUUCUCGAGGACAACUACAGGACCAAGGCGAUAGAGUCGGGUGAAAUGGUCACUUCGCCUGAUUCCAAGUCCACACUUGAGAUCACGCCCGAGGUGAUCGAGUACGCGGUCAAAGGUAUCCGAGCACUCGUCGAGAGCACGCGGGCUUUCCACAGAGUAAAGGACAAGCGUUUUAUAAUCACUAAUGUCUUCGGAACUGCGCACGCGCAAUGGGGCAACCUUUUGACGCUCGCGGCAACAUUCAGAGAUCCUACGCUUAAUCAGUAUAUCGAAGAGCAAACCCUAAAGGACCUCUUUCAAAGAACCAUCGCCUUCUUCAAGCUCAUUUCACAACCUUCAAGCGCCCUCGCCAUCGACAUGCGCAUCCUGGAAGGUGUGUAUUCGGCACUUUGGCCAAAGGGCAGCCACGACAUGAUGGAUAUUCAGACAGGCUCCAGCUUUUCAAGCACCACGAGCGGGGGGCAUUCCAUGCCACCCGUGGCCGCCAUCCCUCUUGGUCCACCAAGCGCUUCCAUUGACAGCAUGAUAACAUCGCCUUCACCAAUGCCACAAGCACAACAGCAACCACAACCACAGUUGCAGUCACUGCUUCAGCGACAACAACAUCACCAGCAUUCUCCACAGCAGCACUCACCCCCACAGCACUCGCCCCCGCAGCAACAGCAACAACAAUAG